CCCGCUCACUCGCGUUUUCUCCCAUGUCAGGAAUGGCAGCUGCCCGCCUCAGCUGAAGGCUUCAUCCCGUGGCCUUGACUCUCCCGGCCGAGUGCCCUCGCCCUGCGUGCCAAGAUGACCAAGCUUGGGUUCCUGCGGCUGUCCUAUGAGAAGCAGGACACCCUCCUGAAGCUGCUCAUCCUGUCCAUGGCGGCCGUGCUGUCCUUCUCCACUCGUCUCUUUGCUGUCCUGAGAUUCGAGAGCGUUAUCCAUGAGUUCGACCCGUACUUUAAUUACCGGACGACUCGGUUCCUGGCCGAGGAGGGCUUUUAUAAAUUCCAUAACUGGUUUGAUGACCGUGCCUGGUACCCUUUGGGACGAAUCAUUGGAGGAACAAUCUACCCAGGCCUGAUGGUCACCUCCGCUGUCAUCUACCACGUGCUGCAUUUCUUCCACAUCACCAUCGACAUCCGGAACGUCUGUGUGUUCCUGGCCCCACUCUUCUCCUCCUUCACCACCAUCGUCACGUACCACCUGACCAAAGAGCUCAAGGAUGCAGGGGCCGGGCUUCUUGCUGCCGCCAUGAUCGCUGUGGUUCCUGGCUACAUAUCCCGGUCUGUGGCCGGCUCCUAUGACAACGAGGGGAUCGCCAUCUUCUGCAUGCUGCUCACCUACUACAUGUGGGUCAAGGCCGUGAAGACGGGCUCCACCUACUGGGCAGCCAAGUGCGCCCUGGCGUACUUCUACAUGGUCUCCUCAUGGGGAGGCUACGUGUUCCUCAUCAACCUGAUCCCGCUGCAUGUCCUGGUGCUGAUGCUCACCGGCCGGUUCUCCCACCGCACCUACGUGGCCUACUGCACCGUGUACUGCCUGGGCACCAUCCUCUCCAUGCAGGUCUCCUUCGUGGGCUUCCAGCCUGUCCUGUCCUCGGAGCACAUGGCAGCCUUCGGCGUCUUCGGUCUCUGCCAGAUCCACGCCUUUGUGGAUUACCUGCGCAGCAAGCUGAGCCCCCAGCAGUUCGAGGUGCUCUUCCGCAGCGUCAUCUCGCUGGUGGGCUUCGGCCUGCUCACCGUGGGCAUGCUGCUCCUGCUGACGGGAAAGAUAUCCCCCUGGACCGGGCGUUUCUACUCACUGCUGGACCCGUCCUACGCCAAGAACAACAUCCCUAUCAUCGCGUCCGUGUCCGAACACCAGCCCACGACCUGGUCCUCGUACUACUUCGACCUGCAGCUCCUCGUCUUCAUGUUCCCAGUGGGCCUGUACUACUGCUUCAGCAACCUGUCUGAUGCCCGGAUCUUCAUCAUCAUGUACGGCGUGACCAGCAUGUACUUCUCCGCCGUGAUGGUGCGCCUGAUGCUGGUGCUGGCUCCUGUCAUGUGCAUCCUGUCGGGCAUCGGAGUCUCGCAGGUGCUGUCCACGUACAUGAAGAACCUGGACAUGAGUCGUCCCGACAAGAAGAGCAAGAAGCAGCAGGACGCCACCUACCCCAUCAAGAACGAGGUGGCGAGUGGCAUGGUGCUAGUCAUGACCUUCUUCCUCAUCACCGCAUCAUCUUCGAUGACUUCCGGGAGGCCUACUACUGGCUUCGUCACAACACUCCCGAGGACGCGAAGGUCAUGUCCUGGUGGGAUUAUGGCUAUCAGAUUACGGCUAUGGCGAACCGGACAAUUCUGGUGGACAACAACACGUGGAACAACACCCACAUUUCUCGAGUAGGGCAGGCAAUGGCGUCCACAGAGGAGAAGGCCUACGAGAUCAUGCGGGAGCUGGACGUCAGCUAUGUGCUUGUCAUCUUCGGAGGCCUCACCGGCUACUCGUCCGACGACAUCAACAAGUUCCUGUGGAUGGUCCGGAUCGGAGGGAGCACAGACACGGGCAGACACAUCAAGGAGAACGACUACUACACACCCACUGGGGAGUUCCGUGUGGACCGGGAGGGCUCCCCGGUGCUGCUCAACUGCCUCAUGUACAAGAUGUGCUACUACCGCUUCGGGCAGGUCUACACCGAGGCCAAGCGUCCGCCAGGCUUUGACCGGGUCCGGAAUGCAGAGAUCGGGAAUAAGGACUUCGAGCUGGAUGUCCUGGAGGAAGCGUACACGACAGAGCACUGGCUGGUCAGGAUAUACAAGGUCAAGGACCUGGAUAACCGAGGCCUGUCGAGGACGUGAACGUGCAGCUCAGGCCUGGUAGGCCCCACACCGAGCAGGCUGUGCUCCACACUGAAGAUGCUGUCUCUGUUAUCUGCAGUUCGCAAUGGCCGGAUGGGAUUAGAAUUGUCUGGAAGUUUUGCCCUGCGCAGUAAGGGCUGGGCCAAGCGGGUGAUUUUUUUACAGUUCUGAGCAGGUUACCAAAUGAAAUGUCAUGGCUUUACUUUAGUCGAUUAAAGGGGGGAUUUUUUAAAAAA